ACACCUCAGUCAUUGCAGUUGAAAUUACAAUUGAGAACUUUAAAAAAUUUGCUUAAAAACAUUAGUAAAGAUAAACCAGUACCUUUUGUGAUAAUUCAGCGUAUUCAAAAGGAAAUUGAUAAUAUUAAGGAUUUUAUCAGAUUUCAUAAAUUGAGACUAACUAUUAAGGAAGAACCUUUAGAAACAUUACUUGCAGACUUAAAAAGAACUUUCAGGAGAAUAUUUCAAAAGUUUUCAAACACAUCAAAAAUAGACAGAGUUACAUUUAAUAUAGGUACUUCAACACCUGGUAGAAAGACAUCUGAAAACCAAGCUGAUCCACAUAGAAAAUGGACAGCAAUCCUUAAUAAUAUUUUUUCUGAUCAUGUAUUUAAGCAAAAAAGAAAAGAUACUGAUGAUAGAGAAAAUCAAAGAAAACCAGAAGGAGGAAAUGAUAUAAUCGCACAAUUCUUGCAAGAAUUUAAAAAUUUAUUAAAGGCACAUACAGUAACUUCAUAUUCAAUAGUUUACAAAACAAGGCUAGAGAAUUUUUUAGAAUUUAAAGGAAAAAAUCAGGAUCCAAUUGAAUGA